AUUGCAAAACCCUAAUCUGUGUGUUUAAGCGGCGCCACUUCUAAUCGCAUUCUGAGAGACAAUGUCGACGGUCGGAGAACUCGCUUGCAGCUACGCUGUUAUGAUCCUUGAGGACGAGGGCAUUUCCAUCACUUCUGACAAGAUUGCGACUUUGGUCAAAGCCGCUGGUGUCGAGAUUGAGUCUUACUGGCCAAUGCUAUUCGCCAAGAUGGCCGAGAAGCGUAACGUCACUGACCUCAUCAUGAAUGUUGGUGCUGGUGGCGGUGGAGGUGGUGCACCUGUUGCUGCCGCUGUACCCGCUGCUGCCGGAGGUGCCGCUGCCGCUGCCCCUGCCAAGGAGGAGAAGAAGGAUGAACCAGCAGAAGAGAGCGAUGGAGAUCUUGGAUUCGGCCUGUUCGAUUAGUUGUCUCCCUGUUUUACACUUGCUAUGUUUUAUUGCUUUAGUUGGUUAAAAAUUUUCAGUUUUGCCAUUUUCGACAUUAAUACAGUUUGUUUGGUCCAUUUGUUAUAUCAAGUUACUUUUGUUCGCACCGCCUCCACGAUUAUCAGUAAUGUUUAUGAGGUUUUUGUCUUA